AUUGUUCAAUAAAAUGCCAAAAGAAGCUCUGAUAAUUCUCAUUACCCUUUCUAUCGCUCUGCCUAGUUUUUCCUUCAUUUGCCUCACUCUUGUUCUUCCCUCUCCAAAUCAUCACACAAAAAUAAUCAGGAAUUAAGAGAGGGAAGAACGUUAACAACAAAAUAUAAAGAAGUGAAUAUAUAUUUGUUAUAUUUCACAAUAAUCAAAGAGAAGAGGGAAGUUAAGGGAGGAAAUCAAAACUCUAAAAUGUCGGUUUCGAGGCUUUUUUUCGGAGUUCUUACAAUCGUAUCGAUAGUUUUCUCCAUUUUGUUGCCAAUGGCACAGGCUCAAUCCACAGCUCCUGCUCCGGCUCCGAUAAGCGACGGAACAACAAUAGACCAAGGAAUAGCAUGUGUUCUCAUGUUGGUGGCUUUGGUCCUCACUUAUCUUAUCCAUUAAUCCUUUUUUGUCAUUUUGAUGGUCUCUAUUUACUUUAAUUAUAAGUUUUCAUUUUGAUUAUAAUUGAAUAGAGACCAGAAACGUUUGUAUGUGGUAGAGAGUUUGAAGAGGGCUUUCUAAAUUUUUGGAGUGAUACAAUUUUGAAGUUCAUUUGUAUAAUUAAGUCGAUGUGAGUUUAAACUGCUGGAAAUACAUUUCAUCGAUUUACAUCUUUCUUCA